AUGAGUAAAGAUGACCGUUCAGUGCUUCCGGAACUAUCGGAAACCUCUGGACAUUCUGAAACCCAUGAGUUACGAGCAGCCGACAUAGUGUAUGUAGACAGUGCCAUGCAGCCGAAAUAUAUAGACAACAUAGAGUUUGCUGAAGUUGAAGAGCUACUGGGCACCUCACCGUCUCCACGACCGUGCACACUUGUGUGGCGAGAUGUCACAGUUCACAUUAAACUCAAAGAUGGCAAGCUGAAACGAUUAGUUAAUAGUGUUAAUGGAAUUGCAAAGCCUGGUUCACUGGUUGCUCUCAUGGGUCCGAGUGGCGCUGGAAAAACUACUCUUAUGUCAGCACUAGCACACAGAAGCCCAAUUGGUACUGUCGUGGAUGGAGCCAUCGCUAUGAACGGUCGACCUGUUGGUGACUUUAUGCAUCUGGAGACAGGGUAUAUGCAUCAAGAUGAACUAUUUGUAGAGAAUCUUACUGUUAUGGAACAUCUUACUAUAAUGGCACGUCUACGAAUGGAUAGGCGGACUUCAUCAUUAGCAAGGAAGAGAAGAGUGAAUCAACUACUACGUCAGCUAUCACUCUAUGGUUCAAGACACACGCGUAUUGGGGGUCUAGAUGGAAGGAAAACUCUUUCUGGUGGAGAGAGAAAGCGACUGGCGUUUGCCACUGAGCUCCUGACAGAUCCUGGAUUGCUGUUUUGCGACGAACCGACGACUGGACUGGACUCGUCAUCAGCACAGAAGCUGAUGACGCUUCUCAGGGCGAGUGCUGUCCAAGGAAAGACUGUUAUAUGUACAAUACACCAGCCAUCGUCAGAACUGAUGGCGUUAUUCGACAAGCUGGUGCUGCUCGCGGAAGGGAGGGUCGCCUAUGCUGGUAAUGCUUCUGGAGCGCUUGGAUUUUUUGAAAGUCUGGGUUACCAUUGCCCUAUCACGUACAACCCGACGGACUACUUCAUCAAAGUCCUGGCUUUGACACCUGGCUCUGAAGGUGCAUCCCGUCACGCCAUCAAGAGCGUCUGCGACAGGUUUGCAGUCAGUGACGCUGCUAAAGAACUCGAUAUGGAGAUACAUUUGGAGUUUCAUCUCAUUGAUAACCAAGAUGAGCAAACAAAACGAACUAAAACCAGCGACUUCAGACCGCCAUUCUUCCAUGCGAAGAUUAUAUGGCUCGUGUACAGAUAUAUUCUGAUGGUGCUGAGGGAUCCAAAUGUACAAUUACUACGAAUUGUGCAGAAAUUGGCCAUCGCACUGACCGCAGGACUGUGCUUCAUUGGCACAGCUCGGCUCACUCAAGCGGGCAUUCAAGAUGUACAGGGUGCUCUAUUCAUCAUUAUAGCGGAGAACACUUUCAGUCCCAUGUACUCGAUGUUGCAUAUAUUCCCCGAGGAGUUCCCCCUCCUGUACAGAGAGCUGAGAGCUGGAUUGUAUUCGACGCCUGUUUAUUAUGUUGCUAGGAUGAUUGCGUUGUUUCCCGGUCUGGUGGUGGAGCCCACGCUGUUCACGCUGGUGGUGUACUGGAUAGCUGGUCUUCGCAGCACGUUCUACGCCUUCGGUUUUACUGUCUUCUUAUCCAUUCUAGUCCUCAACGUGGCUAUUGCUUGUGGAUCAUUCUUCUCCUGCGCCUUUGGUUCGAUGCCGGUUGCGAUCGCCUAUCUUGUGCCGUUUGACUACUCCCUUAUGAUGACAUCCGGUCUCUUUAUUAAACUAAGCUCAAUACCGAAAUAUAUAUCCUGGAUUCGGCAUCUGUCUUGGUUAAUGUACUCAAACGAAGCCAUGACGAUUCUUCAGUGGGAUGGAGUACAGAAUAUAACCUGCGUUACGAAUGAAACUGGAGCUCCCUGUCUUAGUACUGGUGACGAAGUACUCAGUAUGUAUGACUUCACCACCAACGAGUUCUGGCCAGAUAUAGUCGCGUUGGUCGUCCUAUAUAUCGGCUUCCACCUAUUAGCUCUAAUAGCUCUCCGGUAUCGUACCAGGAGAAAAUAA